AUGGGUUUAACCCGGCGUACGUCGCGAAAGCUUCAAACGAUGUCUUUCAGAUCGACCGCUGUGUCUCCGACGGGAGUUCAUGCUACUUUGUAUCUUGCCAUUGGAGGGGGCGCAGCAGCGGCUGUUGUGGCCGCGUUCAAGGGUAUUGUGCCGCAUGAAUGGGUGAUUCGUCAGCUAGCGGAGCCCAUGAUGCCUGUGAUACGGAUUUUUGAUCCUGAGACGGCUCACAACAUCGCGGUGCAGUGUGCACGCUUUGGCUUGAUACCAAAGGACCCGGAGCCUGAUCCAAAGCUACUGCACGUACACGCACUGGGUCUCAAAUUUUCUAACCCCUUAGGCAUUGCCGCCGGCUUCGACAAAGAUGGACAGGCCAUGGAAGGAAUGUUGGAUAUGGGCUUUGGGUGCGUUGAGAUCGGCAGUGUCACACCCAAGCCGCAACCCGGGAAUGCCAAGCCCCGUGUCUUCAGGCUUCCUGAAGAUAGGGGGGUAAUAAAUCGAUAUGGGUUUAAUAGUAAAGGACUUGAGCACGUGAGUACCCGUCUUGAAAAAUAUGUAAGCUCCAGAGCCAAACGCCAAAAGGCUGGACAUCGCGCAGGAAUUUUAGGCGUUAAUCUUGGCAAGAAUAAGUUGACUGAGGACGCUGCAGCCGACUACGUGCAAGGUGUUCAUGCUCUUGGCAAGUUCGCCGACUACUUGGUCGUCAAUGUCUCUUCGCCUAAUACGCCUGGACUGCGAACGCUGCAGGGCAAGCAACAGCUACAAAACCUGUUAGUACGUGUACUUAAGGCUCGAAACGAAGUGGCGGCUAUUGAAAAACGCAAUAUCCCCCUGCUCGUUAAAAUUGCGCCUGACCUAACUGAGGAUGAUAAGCAAGAUAUCGCGGACGUGGCUCUUGAGCUAAAGCUAGAUGGCCUUGUAGUGUCAAAUACAACGCUGAGACGACCGGAUACGCUGAAAGGAGCUGCGAAGACUGAAAUAGGUGGAUUGAGUGGUUUGCCCGUGCGUGAAUUGUCUACAAAGGUGCUUGGCGAUAUGUACAAAUUGACUAAGGGAAAAAUUACGCUCAUCGGCGUUGGUGGCGUCUCUUCGGGUCAGGACGCUUAUGACAAGAUCCGCGCAGGUGCUUCGCUUGUGCAAAUGUACUCGUGUUUGAUCUACGAGAGCCCACUGGCUAUUCCGCGUGCCAAAAAGGAGCUAGCUUCACUUUUGCAACGUGACGGCUACGAAAGUGUGGCUGACGCUGUUGGUGCCGCUCACAAGUAA